AACAUACAAAGACCCAAGUCAUACGAAGACCCAUUUCAAAGAGUUAACAAAACUUCCCAUUUUGGCUCAGUCUUUUCUCAAAAAUCAGUCCCAUUUUGGUUAAAAUUGGUUGAGUCCGCCCACUAAUACAUUGUGCUACCGAAAAAUAUAAAGAAUUUCAGAUAUGGAGCGACAUAUAUGGAAGAAAAAAUAAAUUGGCGUUUGAAGAAGACGGGAAAAGGAAGCGAGCGCUAUUGGAAAAACAUUAACAUAGUGUUCAAGACUUUUUUGAGGUGUUUGCAGGAUUCAUAGUUUUUGAGAAGCAUCGUUGAAAUGGCAAGAAAAAGACAGAGAAAUUCUAGUCAAGACGGGCUUUUAUCUAAUUCCUCGGAGCAACAAGGACAACAAGUGGAAAGUGGGGCAAUGCCUCAACCACCUCAAAAUUGGCCACGAAAUGAAAGACAACCUAUCCAAUCUGGUAAUUUGUCUAGAAAUGAUUCACAUGAUAUAGAAAAUCUUCCAGAUUAUAGUGAGAGUGAAGAACAAUCUAAGCGGCCUAGGGGUCCCACUAUGAUGCACUCAGGAUGGGGAAAAGACGGUGACAAUUUACAUGUUGAAUUGAAUGAUCGUGGACAAGUUAUUGGUCCAGAAGCAGCUAGAUUACAUUUAAAACUUGGUGUGAUAGCACGAAAUGGCAUUUUAGCGCCAUUGAAUCAUAGAGAUUGGAGGCUUGUUCCUGAUAUGUACAAGGAUAUAAUAUGGAGUGACAUUAAGGAAAAUACUGAUGCAAAUGAUGAUAUGAGACGCAUUUUGAUGAUGUCAGUUGGAUCUAAAUGGAAAGAGUGGAAGCAUGAAGCAAAAAGUAAUGGCUAUGACCCGUAUAAUACUGAUAUUAAGCGCUUAGCUCAUCGUCCAAAGAGGGUUGCAGAAGAUCAGUGGCGUUCAUUAGUUCAUUAUUGGAGUUCAAAAGAAGCAAAGGAAAAGAGCGAGAGAAACAAAGAAAGUCGAAAAAAGUUGACUAUGCCACACACAUCAGGAAGAAAAAGACUUGCUCAAAUUAUAGAUGAUAUGACAAAAGAGAAUACUGGUAUAAAGCCAACUCGUAUUGAGGUGUGGAAAAAAACUCACACUAGAGAGAAUAAACAACCAGUAAAUGACAUAGCCGGUGAAGUUAUGAAACAAAUGGAUGAUCUUGCUGAGGUGUAUCCCGAGUUAAAUGUCCCUGGAAGUGCUCGCAAUGAUAUAUAUUCACAAGUAAUGGGACCAUACACUCAUGAGAUUGUUCGAACUCUAGGAAAAGGAGCAGCUCCAAGUUUAGUUUAUGGCCCAGUAUAUAAACGAUCACAGUUGGAGCAACGAGAUUUUGAUGCAAGGGUUGAGAUAGAAGUUCAAAAAGCUACCGUAGCAAUCCAAAUUGAUAUGGAUAAAAAGUUGGCUGAAGCAAAACAAAAUAUGGAAGCAAAAAUGGAUGAAAGAAUGGAUGAAAAGGUGAAGGAAAAAGUGAAGGCCGAGAUGCAAGCAUACGUACAGAGUAUCGGUUUUAUGAAUGGCUCAAACAGUAAAUCAAUCAAUUAUGAAGAGCUUUGCCAUAACUCAGUUGAAGACCGCCAACAAUCAUUAUCUCCUGUAUCAGUUGUUCCAACAAAAAAGUUGGAUUGGAGUGGGGAGCAUUAGAAUCAUCAAAGUGACUACAUCUCCAAGUGAAGAAGACUUGAAGAAAAGUUUUUCGACGAAACGGGAAGUGAGUUUGGAAAGGCUUAAGGAACGUGAAAGGUACAGACGACAGGUUUGCUGAUCCACACGUUUAGGAUCCCGUUUCUGCUAUUUUGGGGCGCUCUCUUCUUCAGAGCCCAUCUUUUGGUACAGUCUGUCACUGUUAUCUGGAUAUGUAUAUUGUUCUGGGUAUGACGGGG